AUGGCCUACCACCUGGACAACAUAGACAACACCCACUCCGUGACAGAGGCACAGUACGGGAGCGAAGCGCUGCAUCAAUUGACGAACACCGCCGUCUCACCACAGUCAAGUCGAUCGCUUCAUUUGCAGAGACCAUACCAGCUGUCAGGGGCAAGUGCCCCUCUGAUAGGUGCGUUGGGCGUUGAACUGAGCCGUGGGGCGAGUCGCUGAAUGCAUCUUAUUCCUCGAACUCUACAAACGCGCUUCGAGCAGGGCUUCAUCUUUAUGCCAACAAGAGGAACGUGGACUUCUCCCUCGAUGAGGAAGGUCGAGGCGUCGUCCUCGAUCGUGAACUCAGUUUUGCUCACGAACCGCCGUCCAGUUACCGAUAG